ACCGCCACUACGGACGCCUUCGCCUCCUUCUACUCCUGGCGCUGCCGCCACCGCUCCUCGCGCUCCUCCCCGACUGCCACCAGCCCUUCGCUCCCCGCUCUCUCCGCGCUCGGCUGCUGCAGUCAGUAUCUCUGGCGCUCUCUUCUCUCUCAAGUUUCCUAUCUGCUCAAGAUCAGGGCAAAGGGAGGAAAACACCCAGUUCUGCUUGUUGUUUCAGCGAUGAAGACGAAACUGAACAUCUACAACAUGCAGUUACUGCUUCUUGUUUUCUUGAUGUGGGACCCAGCCAGGUUGGUGCUGGCUGGCAUCCAAGAAGAUGAGGCUAAAAAUAACAUUACCAUCUUUACAAGAAUUCUAGACAGACUUCUGGAUGGUUACGAUAAUCGGCUUAGACCAGGACUGGGAGACAGUAUUACCGAAGUCUUCACUAACAUCUACGUGACGAGUUUUGGCCCUGUCUCAGAUACAGAUAUGGAAUAUACAAUAGAUGUUUUCUUUCGGCAAAAAUGGAAAGAUGAGAGAUUAAAAUUUAAAGGUCCUAUGAACAUCCUUCGACUUAACAAUUUAAUGGCUAGCAAAAUCUGGACUCCAGACACUUUCUUUCACAAUGGGAAAAAAUCAGUAGCUCAUAACAUGACGAUGCCAAAUAAGCUUCUUCGAAUCCAGGAUGACGGGACGCUGCUGUACACCAUGAGGCUUACAGUUCAAGCUGAAUGUCCAAUGCAUUUGGAGGAUUUUCCAAUGGAUGCUCACUCGUGUCCUCUGAAAUUUGGCAGCUAUGCAUAUACAACCUCAGAGGUCACAUAUAUUUGGACUUACAAUGCAUCUGAUUCAGUACAAGUUGCUCCCGAUGGCUCCAGGUUAAAUCAGUAUGAUCUGUUGGGCCAGUCAAUUGGGAAGGAGACAAUUAAAUCCAGUACAGGUGAAUAUACUGUAAUGACAGCUCAUUUCCACUUGAAAAGAAAAAUCGGGUAUUUUGUGAUUCAGACAUACCUGCCUUGCAUCAUGACUGUCAUUCUCUCCCAAGUGUCAUUCUGGCUUAACAGAGAAUCCGUGCCUGCAAGAACCGUGUUUGGUGUGACAACUGUCCUGACAAUGACAACUCUAAGCAUCAGUGCUCGGAACUCUCUCCCCAAAGUGGCUUAUGCAACUGCCAUGGACUGGUUUAUUGCUGUUUGCUAUGCAUUUGUGUUCUCUGCCCUCAUUGAAUUUGCAACUGUUAAUUACUUCACCAAAAGAGGAUGGGCUUGGGAUGGGAAGAGCGUAGUAAAUGACAAGAAAAAAGAGAAAGCCUCUGUCAUGAUACAGAACAAUGCCUAUGCAGUGGCUGUUGCCAAUUACGCCCCGAAUCUUUCCAAAGACCCGGUUCUCUCCACCAUCUCCAAGAGCGCGACCACACCGGAGCCCAACAAGAAGCCAGAGAACAAGCCCGCUGAAGCCAAGAAAACCUUCAACAGUGUUAGCAAAAUUGACAGAAUGUCUAGAAUAGUUUUCCCAGUUUUGUUUGGUACAUUUAAUUUAGUUUACUGGGCCACAUAUUUAAACAGGGAACCUGUAUUAGGGGUCAGUCCCUGAAUCUAGACACAGGUUAACUUUGGGAUGUAUAACACCAUUCAGCUUGGUUUGUUUUUGCUAUGUACAGUCUGACUAAUAACUGCUAAUUUGUGAACCAACAUGUAUAGUAUGUAUAUAGCAAUAUAGCUAAACAGUACACCUCUAAUGGAGACACGCAUUUGCUAACUCAUGGAACUGUAGGCUGGAAGCACCCCAUGCCCGAAUCAAGAUUGACCCUAGGAACUGGUUUUUAAGGUGGAUUUCAGGUGACAUGAUUUCUUUCCUCUUCUAAUAGUGAUGACAAUAGGGAUCCUAUGCCACACUUUAUGAACCCUUUUGAUUUAAGUCUUAUAUAGGAGUGUUUUCUACUGUUGCCUAACUGUAAUGUAAGACGACACUGUCAUUGCAAGAUAAAUUCUUCUAAAUAACAGGACCACAUUUCUGCAACAGCAGCCCCUUCCUGAGCACUCAAAAUCCCUCCUAGCAUAAUUGGAAGCUUAGCACACAUCAGAGGAAAAAACUAGAAAUUUGACAAAAGCUUUUAAUUAUUCUAUAGAGUAUCUAUAGCCAUGUGCAUAUUAUAGCAUGAUAAGCUCAAAUAAUUAUGAAUAACCCCUGCCAGGAUGUUAAUUAUGCCUAGAAUAUAGAAACUCCUGGAAUGUCAUGGUCAUUACAUUUUUAGCAUCAGAGUUUAUUUGAAAGUGAUCAUUGAAAUCCCACGGAUCAUUUUAAUCAUUGGAAACUACCUUAAAUUUUAGAAAGUAAAAUUAAAUGUGUGUUACACUUUCCAGGUUUGUGUUGUAUUGAAACCAAUGAGCUAAAUUUUCUUGGUGCUGGGGACUGGAAAAAGCAUCCAGUUUGGCUGCUGCAGAGCAACACUCAUAUUGGAUUAGAAAACUGUGCCAAAAACUCCCACCAAUGAGAAUUCAUAGGUGUCACAGAGAGUAGACGAACACUUAUAUGAUUCUCUUCUUUCCUGUUUACUGCAAAUUCUGCCUUAAGGCUUCUUUUCAUCAGGACUCAGAAGCCACUAAUCACAAUGGAAAGGGCAGUUCAUUGGCACAUUUUUCUGUCUUGAAAGCAGCACUUUCAGAUAAGAAUUAUUGUAAAUCUGCUUUUGUAAAUUGCAACUUUAAAUUUUGCUGACCCAAAUUUACAACAGCUUUGUAUACCAGAAGAGGUUUUGGUAAGAGCUGAACAUUUUUAAACUGAAAUUACAAAGGAUCACCAACAAAUUGUGAAUUCACAUGCACAAAUGUAACGUGCACAAUUAGUUUAAUUAGAACAGGUACACAAACAUGUAGCUAAAUUAAAACCCAAAAUUUUCUACUUUAUAUAACUACUAAUUAUUAAUGGGUAAAAUUCAUUUUCCUUUUAAUAUUUAAGAAGUAUUCUGUAUGCCCCUCACAUAUGUUAAUAAAAGUUAACAAUUGUGUCUUACGCCUAGAUUCAGUGCUUUUGGCAAACUUAAGAUCCUUUUGAUUCACAAAUAAUACAUUAGCAGUUAUUAGUUGACUUUUACUACUAGAUACACCUUUAUGAUGGUGUUUUUGUAGAAACAUAAGUAGACCAAUAGUGGCAUUUCUUGCAGUUUUGUACAUAUUUCAGUAUAGUGCAUAAGUAGGUAUAUUCAUAAAUCAAUAAAAGGAGUGUCUUAUUGAAACAAGCAAAAUCACAACAAAAAUUGCUAUUCCUUCACCUCGUUUAAAUUUUAUUUUUUUAAAUUUCUUUCUUUUAGUGUGAUUUUUAUGAUGUGCUUGCAUGAUUGUCUUAUUGCCAAGGUCACAAAUGCCCUGAAGAAUUUACCCUGAGGACAACCUUGACAUUAAAAAUUCCCUUAUAAAAAGUAAUCCAUCAUCCUUAAUAAAAUAAUAUUAUUACAUGAGCCAAUAAAUUUAUACCUUUAAUCCCCUUUCAAUAACACCUUCUUUAUCACCUAAACAGUUUUAAAAUGUGCACUUUAUCUACACAUUGAAAUAGAAGAUAUCUUAUUCUUAUACACUUAGAUACAGUGUAGCUCUUCUUUGUAGUUUAGGGAAGUGUGCAAUAGUUUAAGAAUGUACACAGUGCUUGAAAGAGAGCAAUAAAAAUGCUUUGUAUGGUGUGCCAUUAUUAGACACUUGAAAAAUAUAAUUUCUAUAAGUUCUGCAUUACCCCUUCAUGUCUGACUAUAAAUUAUAAACCUAUAAAUAUGUACAUAUGUAAAAAUAAUUAUAUAUAACAGUUUCUGCAGGACAAAAGAAGAUUCAUCUAUACCUUUGACAAAAGGCUGCACCUACAUUAAUGGUACCAGUUUUAUUAAAAUUAAUUGUAGAUCAGAAAAUUUAUUAUUAUCAUUAUACCUAAUUUUAGUUUCAUUGUUAAAAUCUUAUUUGAGACAAUGAUGUCCUGAUUCUCUGAUCAGGAUUUUCUAUUAUUUCUCUAACUUGUUGUAUUUUUCACACACAUUUUAAUCUUUAAAAGUUGAGAUAAAUCACAGGGAGCCUUUGGUCUUGCUGAAGAAAAGGAAGAUGCUCCAUAGAAGGGGAUUUUAAAUGAUAAAAGUGUAGUCUUUAUAAUUAUUCUCUCUUCCAUAAACUACUUUAAAAACACAAAUUAAAAAUGACUAGUUUGUCAGGAAACAUGUUUUUAAUAUAGUAAGUUCUCUUUGGCCCAUAACAUUAUGCCUAUUUUAUGUAGUCAUGCAUAUACAUAAAGAGUUAUAGUAUGUACAAAAUGUAGACAAAUACAUGUACAUAUAUAGAGGUAUAUUCUCAUUGUUAUAUAGCUAUUGCUCUGACUCAGCUAUUUACUCCACUAAUAUAUUUUAUUUUUACCUCCUACUAUGUGCUGUGCAGUGGGGAGGGUGUUAGUACUGCUCAUAUUACAUCCACAGAAUUUAGUUAAAAUUAAAGUACAUUGCACAUUCUUAUACAAACUUAAAAUCAAAGACUCUGUUGAACACAUAAGGGAAUUCAGCACUGAGAGUCGUUUCAUUAGCCAUCAGAUCACUGUGUGCUAGAAUGACAGCUGUUUCUCUCUAUUCUCCAAUCCGUGCUCCUAUUUGUUUGAAUAUAAAAAUAGAAUUACUAUAACCAUUCUAUGUUGUUUUACCCUUUAGUGAUUUGUUUUAAGUGGCAGUCUUCAUGUUUAGCAAUCUUUUCAGGGAUCUCUGUACUUUGAAUUUAUCUCAGGUUUGAAUAACUGAUCCCCUUGAGCUAUAUUUGCUUAAAUAGUUCAUAGUUUAUUUUUUAAAAAAACACAGAAACCAUUGUUUCAUUCACAUUAUAUAUAUUAUAUAUAAUGUGUUUAUGAUGUGGCUGACUUUAUAUUCCUGGUUGAGGGAACUGAACUCUGCCAUGAUGCCGUAGAUUGCAGUGGGGCACCACACCUCUAUGGAAUCUGUGGCUUGUGGCUAUUUGACUUGGGCAGGGUCCGUCAUCAGUCCAAUGGGAGGGUGAGGGGAGCAGUUUAAGUCACCUCCUGCAGAGUCGUGGUUCUUCAGCAUCUGUUAAGUGUUUUCUUCAGGUCCUCCAUACUUGAUGCACUCAGACAAUGCCUGUGAUACACUAAAAUAGGUAUUACUUACUUUGAUAUCUGGGACCAUAUUAAUAGGUUUAUUAUACAAGUUGUCCAUGUUAUUAGUCUUCUGGCAUUCCUAUAUUCAUCAGCAAAUUUUGAAGCAAUUGCCAAAUUUUUCAUAUAAAAAGAUUCAGAAUUUCAGGGGAAUCAUAAGAUGACCCAUUGCUACUUUACAUUUCAUUUAUUUUCCUUUUAAUUGAGAUUUCUUUCAUAGGCAUCUUGGACACUGAGUCAUACAAUUUAAAUUAGGGAGGGUGCAGUUAUUUUGGACACCUGCAUGCCUGGGAAACCAGGACACUACAAAACAAAUCACUAAUAGUGACAUGGGCAAGACAAAUCGUGAUAUUUUCCUCUUGUAUCCAUGCUUUAAAAUUAAAUUUGAUAUUUAAUAAAUAUUUUAAUAUUCAUUAUCUUGUGUUAUCAACAUUAUAUGAAAAUGCUAAUAUUUUUAUUAGUAUUAAGCACUCACAAUUUAAUUAAUUCAAAGACAAAGUUAGGGCCUCAAAAAACAGAAAAGAGCCUGGCUUCUGUGGCUCAGUGGAUUGAGCACAGACUGCAAACCAAAGGGCCGCCAGUUGGAUUCCCAGUCAGGGCACAUGUCUGGGUUGCAGGCCAGGUCCCCAGUAGGGAGUGCAUAAGAGGCAACCACACACUGAUAUUUUUCUCCCUCUCCCUUCCCUUCUGUCUAAAAAUAAAUAAAUAAAAUCUUUAAAAAAAACAAAAGAGAGAAACCCACCAGAUUAAUGAGCUGUUGCUAAUUAAACAAUGUGAAACAUUUUCCCUUUUUAAUUUCCUAAUGAAGAGGAGACAUUAUAUACACACACACAUAGAAGUACCUAAUAGUCAUGAUUCUAUCAAAGUAUGAAUCAUGAUUAAACCAUAAAGUUCAUAUAAAAGACAUAUUGGGAAGGUAGCAUUAAUAAAUUAUUCAAUAUUUACUUAGCAGAAUUUUAUAUCAUGUUCCAUAAAAUUCUUAACUUCCAACUUAUUUAGACCAUUGUCCUCAAUUAUAUUUAGCUGAAAUAUUUUGUUUGUAUAUAUGAAUAAAAUUUUAUUAUAUAUGUAAUAUUAUACUCCACUUCAAACCACUCCCUGCAUAUUUUAUUUAAUUCAUUACAUCCUAACAUUGCCAGUAGGGAAGAACAGCAGGUCUGUGUUUUAGUUCAUAGUAACAGCCCCAAAGAACCCUUAGGUCUUAGCUUUGAUUAGAAGUGUGUGUGUGUGUGUGUGUGUGUGUGUGUUUGUGCGUGCAUGUGGGUGUAUUUCCUAGGUAUGAAGUAACAUUUUGAGAAAUUCUGACAAAUUUGUGAAAUCUAAACCAUUUAUUUUAACAGAUUCAAUCAUAAACAUAGCUCUUAUUAAACUUAGUCAAUAAAAUAGCUUAUUCACUUAGUCAAUAAAAUAGCCUUUUCAAUAGAUUUGUAACAAACUUAUUAAUGGGAAUCUGUCUUGAGCUAUGUAAAUGGUUAGAAACCAUCCUUCUUGUAAAGGUGUAAACAUUUUUUUCUGAGGUACUUCUAGUCAAUUGUUUUGAGCCAUUAAGUUAAAAGUGAUAUCACAAUUCCGCUUUUAAGGCAGAAUAGAAAAAUCCUUUAACUCCAAGUUUCUCAGUGGAAGUUUGUGAAAGCUUUCAUUAAAUUAAACACCUGGUGGUUCAUUUGCAAAUAUGAAGUCAUCUACAUUCACAACUGGUCAGUUUCACAACUUUUUUGAACUGAAGUAGGUCUAAGCAUCUUCCUAUAGAGAACUCACCUAAAGCCACAUGCUACCACUCCGCGCUAGUCAGCGUUUCAGACCCUUUGCAUCUAUGACCUCGCUCAGUCCUCACAACAGCCGCAAUCACUGUGUGAUUCUUCAUGUUGUGGAAGUUUAGAAUUUCUAAAUAGUACACCAACAUGCUAGUCUAACACCUAUUUUGGGCAAAGUGAAAAAAAAAACCUAUAUUUUUCUUUGCUUUAAUUCAAAUAUAUAUUCAUACGUUUUUGGGAGCAUCAAUCUAAUAAGGCUACUAUCUGAUUUUCUACACAAUAAAACCAAGCAAACCUAAAAACUGUACAGCAACCAAUAAUCUACUUUUGUGAAAAUAGCUAUUUACUAACAUUUGUUACAAUUUAGAUUUUGAGAAUACAGCUCAUUUUUUCUUUUUGAUCCAUAAGUACUUAUAAUAUAUAAAAUGCUUAAAGUUGAUUAAGCACAGAAAAGGAACACUUUCCUAGUUUAUUUUCAUUUCUUUUUUGCCGGUUAUGUUAGGGGUUGGAUUGGUUUUUAUUUACCAUAUUGUUGGUUUCAUAACAUUUUAAUCCACUGGACUCCAAAUACUAUAUAUUUAUUUUAUUGAACAAUUUGUUACAAAUUACUAUUAAUAGAAAGAAAUUCAAACUGACCCCAAAUAAAUGUCAGCGCUGGGGCUGUAAGUGUUGAAUUAGCUUAGUUGGUGUGAAAAAUUGAAAUUUUUCAUUCACGCUGUCGGAUGCCAGUCUGUAUUACCAGAAAGAUGAGGACCUCUAACAAAAGUGUAUCUGUGAAAACGAUUGGUCCUAGGAAAGCAAAACCAAGUAGUUAGAAUUACUUUAGGAAUAAGGCGUUACAGAUCACUUCCGAUUACUUUAUAUUCUAAGUGGUCAGCACAGUAGUGGGAGCGCUGGUCUCCGUUCUGCAUCCGCGGAGUGCGUAAGAAGUGUGAUGUGUGAUCAGGAGGCCUAAGGGGAACUGAACUCGCGGCAGUUUUCAUGAUUUAAACUUGACCGUCUAUGGACAAGUUCUUCAUUGUUUGUUGAACUUGGAUGCUUGAGCCAUAACUGAUUUCAAGUUUCUUGGUGUCUGAUUUUUUUUUCAAGAUUUUUCUGAGCAGAUGUGAUUUGGUUUCGUGUGCUCCUAACUGAGGAAUGUGACCAUCAUGAAAUAUUUCCUUCAAGGUGACAUAUGUGGAAACUUUAAAAAGCUAUGUAUUUGUUGCUAAAUUAGAAAAUGAAAAAAAAACAGAAAAGACUAAAAUAUUUUUCCCUUGCUACAAAUCAAUUUUUAAAAAGUUGUAUGCAUAAAGAAUGCAUGAUGAAGUUCCAAUGGUUAUCUCUGACUAUUCACAUGAGGUGAAAUUUGAAAUUUUCUGGGUGACAUUACCCUUGUGUGGUGGGUCUUCUAGUUUAAGGAAAUAAUUCAGGAGCUAAUAUUUAUUUGUGACCUUGUUGUAAUUGGGAAAAAUCACUAUUUUUAUGUAAGAUAAUUUGACCUUUAUUGAACAUGUCAUUAUGCUUGCUGUUUAAAAAGUUCCUGAUUAAUUGAUUACAUGCAAAUUAAUGCUAAGCAUUAUCUUUUUGUACUUAUUAAAAUUAAUUUAAAUAUA